UGUAGUUGGUCAGUUCACAUGGCAAAAUAUCUCUUCACUUUUCUUUUCAUUUUCCUUCUCUCCUUUGCUGGGAUUAUUGCUGCAACCCAAAAGCAUGAUAAACACAGGCAUUCGGGCUUCUCUGAGGCAGAGUGUCCUGGUGCAUGCACAUAUAGAUGCUCAAAAACAGCUUACAAGAAGCCUUGCAUGUUCUUCUGUCAGAAAUGUUGCUUCAAAUGCAGAUGUGUGCCUCCCGGGACCUAUGGCAAUAAACAAGUCUGCCCUUGUUACAAUAACUGGAAGACUAAAAGAGGAGGCCCCAAAUGCCCUUGAAAUUUUCACUUUGUACCCUUUCGAUUUAUUGAAAGGUUGAAGAAUGUGGAUUACGAAUGAAGUGAUGGGGAGCAGUUGAUCAUGAUCAGAGUUGAGUUUUUUUUUCUUUUUUUUUUUUUUUUUUGCAGUUGUUAGACUUGAAUUUUUCAUCAUGAGACUGCUGGGAUUCUAAUUUCUUGCCUUUGUUUAAACUGAUUGGUGUGUUUGAAGUCAAAUAAUUUCUUACUUAGAAGAUUU